AUGGAGGGAAAUCAAUCGAGCUCGAGACGGAGAAUGGAGUUGCUCGGAAAAAUCAGAGAAUUCACUAGAUCGCUGGUGAAAGCUCUCAGCGAGGGACGAUCGCCUGGGAUUUUCAUCGACAAAUUCAGUAACUACUGCACGAAUCCUCAUGGAAAUUGCUGUUGCGGCUCUGAUUUGCCUGAGGGGCAGGAAAUCUUGACGAUCCAAAGAGAAUGCAGCGCUCGCAGGAUAGAUGUCCUGUUGAGAGUGUUGGUUAUUGUUCAGAAGCUACUUCAAGAGGAUAGGCAUGGGUCUAAAAGAGAUAUAUACUACAUGCACCCUUCAGUAUUUUCAGAACAAUCCGUAGUUGAUCGGGCAAUCAAUGACAUAUGCAUCAUUCUGCAGUGCAGUCGUCACAAUCUGAACGUGGUGUCUGUUGGAAAUGGGUUGGUUAUGGGCUGGUUACGAUUUGUAGAAGCUGGAAGGAAGUUUGACUGCAUAAAUUCUCCUAGCAGUACCUUUCCUGUUCCAGUAUACGUGGAGAAAGUCAGAAGUAUCUGCACUAUCAAUUUAUAUGCAACCAUUGUGUUCCAAAAGGCAGUCCCAUAUAUCGUUAGUGUUGCUAAGUACAUAUUGAUUGUGGAGAAGGAAUCAGUCUUCCAGCGUUUGGCCAACAACCACUUCUGUGACACGAACCGCUGUAUUGUCAUCACAGGAAGAGGCUACCCAGAUAUUCCCACAAGAAGGUUCUUGCGACUCCUCAUUGAGAAGCUGCGGCUGCCUGUGUAUUGCUUGGUAGAUUGUGAUCCAUAUGGCUUUGAUAUCCUUACUACCUAUCGUUUUGGUUCUAUGGUGAGCGAUUUCACACUCCGGCGACCAACUUUCCAUCUUUCUCCACAAUCUUCGCCUGUUUGCAUAACCCAUUCUUUUUGCUUGUACUGGAAGCAAAUGGCCUACGAUGCAAAAUUUCUGCGCCUCACCGGAAUACACUGGCUUGGCGCUUUCCCCUCUGACGUUGAGAAAUAUAGCAUUCCCCAACAGUGUCUCCUUCCAUUGACAGCAGAAGGUAUAGUUUCUCUACAACAAAACUUCUUAAAGUUUCCUAUCGCCCAUUUCCAUGUUCUUUCUGAAUCCCUUCCCAUUUUGGUUGCUAGACAAAAGAAGAACCGAAAAGAUGUUAAACAGAUGCUACCUGGAGAAGCAAGUCCCAGAGUGGAGAUGGGAACUGGAGCUGAUGCUGCAGCGGGGAGUGAAGUUCGAGAUCGAAGCGCUGGCUGUUCAUUCUCUUUCCUUUCUGUCGCAGCAAUACUUGCCGUCCAAGAUUCAUGGUGGGUUGCAUCUGUGAUCCCACCUCUGAGAAUUUGGUAAUAUCUCUCUGUCCUUCGGCUCAGUAUCUUCAGUAGCCACGAUCAUUUUCUUCGACACAUCAUCUUUUGUCUCAUAUCUUCUCAAAUGACCCGCUCAUUUUGGAUGAUAUCAAUUGCAGAGGUGUAAACCUUUAAAUGCAUCGAUCCAAAAGAAAACUGUGUACUUAUGAGAAGGCCUCUGGUCAGAAAAUGAACUUGUCAAAGUCAGUAAUCGUCUUUAGUGGCAACAUCCUCCUGGCGCCUGCUUUGCAAUCUACUUUUAUGUUUUUUCUAGGCGUCAGUUUCAUGGAUGACUUGGGGCGUUAUUUGGGCUUGCCGUUUGUCUUCGGUCGGAGGCGCACCACGGUCUUCCAAACUUUGAUAGAGUGCGUGGUUAUGGGUUGGUUCGUUUUGAUGAUGUGGCGGGUUUCACCAACGUGAUUGGUCGAGUAUAUAAACUUUUUUGGGUUAAAAUAGUAUGAUUAGACAAUUUUGUUACCCACGUCAGCAUCAAACUAAUGUUAUAAUGAAGGCUGACAGAGACUAAGAAAAAAUGAUAAAAAUGAAAUAUUAAAUUAAUUUUGUAAUGAUCACAAAUGUAAUGAAAUGUUUUUAGUGACCAAAAUGUGAAACAUUUUAGUAGUGAGUGAUCAAUCUUGCAAUAUACCUCUUAGUAAUUUUUUUUUGGUGGGAAAAUAAUUUACCCUUCAAGAUAAACUGAUAAAGAAAAGGCCAAAUACACUUGCAUAACCAAAACUUUGACGGUUUUGCC